CUAAGAUCACAUUCUUCUCUCAACAAACUCUCCGUUCAUGACUCGCAGCUAACCUCCAGAUUCCUGCAUGAACACAGUUUCAUUAUAGAAUGGAUCCAUCAGUCCUUGACGAUAUCGCUAAAUCCUUGGAGGGCAUCGAUCUAUCCAUAGGAUCAAUAGAUGGCAUUCAACUUCCUCAGAUCACAUGUGAUGCGUGGGACAUCAUACAAAAUUUCCAAGCUCGUGAAGAUGACAUCUUGGUGGCAACUUACCCUAAAGCAGGAACCACAUGGGCUCACGAGAUCGUGGAUCUGAUCUUGCUAGAGGGCAACACAGAGAAAGCCCAGCGGGCGCCGUGCUUUAUCAAAGUGCCAUUCAUAGACCUGGUUCUUCCAAAGCCAGCGAAGUCAGCUGUGGAGGUUGCCAAUGAAAUGGAAUCACCGCGUUUACUAAAAACUCACCUCCCGAUACAACUGGUACCACCCUCCUUCUGGGAAAAAAAUGCAAAGGUUGUAUAUGUUGCUAGGAAUGCCAAGGACUGUAUGGUUUCCUACUAUUACUUCCAGAAGAUGAAUAAAGGUCUCCCGGACCCUGGGACCUGGGAUAAUUACUUCUCAUCCUUCCUGUCUGGAGAAGUUCCCUGGGGAAGCUGGUUUGACCAUGUGAUUGGCUGGUGGAAGGCGAGAGACAAAUAUCAGAUACUUUAUAUCUUCUAUGAGGACAUGAUCGAGGAUCCAAUGAGGGAGAUCCGUAAAAUAACGAGAUUCAUUGGGAAGAAUCUUUCAGAGGAGGUAUUAGAGAAGAUCAAAGAACACACUUCAUUCAAGGCAAUGAAAGAGAACCCUAUGGCCAAUUAUUCUGCUUUUCCAUCUUCGUUGAUGGAUCAGUCUAUCUCUCCCUUCAUGAGGAAAGGCACCGUGGGGGACUGGAAGAAUCACUUCUUGAUGUCGCAAAACAUUGUAUUCGAAGAGGAAUACAAGCAGAAGAUGGAUGGAGCUGGCUUGAUUUUCCGUGACCUUCUACCAUAAUUCCACCAUUGCAUUCUAGAAUAUUUCUAGUUCCAGUGAUAGAUGAAGAGGUUCUUCAUAAUCUAAACCAUUCUACCUCGCGAUCCCAUCCUUACUAAUCGCCUAAUACAGAGCUGGUGAUGGCAAUUUAGUAACUGUGAUCGU